CCGGUGUUCCAGCAAGGCUAAUGGGGAAGCGGCAGAAGUCGACGGCGGCAGCGAGUGGAACACAUGUGCCAGAGAACAAGCGCGGGAGUCUCGUCAUAUCUGUUAAGGGGAAUGAGAAAGUGGCACCUGGCCCUUCUUCAAAGUGGAAUGGACUGUCCAUCCUGCACGUGGAGCACGAAGCGACGCUGGAAGAACGAAAAAAGUCUCUCAUUGCGAAUGUACCCAUAUUGAGUAUGGUGGUGUCGAACGGUGUCAAGGAAGCGGACGUCAUGGAAGGAUUAGUUCCGAUGAAAUUCUCUGCGAAUGAGCCCAUCAUUACCAAAGGAGACACCGACACACGGCUGUACUUUAUUGAAAGCGGGCGGGUGAUUAUUUCUAAGGCUGUUCGAAUCAAGAAGUACGACGACGGCGCCACAUCGUCUCGCGAAGAAUACGAAUACUUUGGUGAAUACCCGUUUGCGAUGCAUGGCGAAGCCCAGCGUACGGCAAAUGUGGUAGCGGAGGGAGACGUGAGAUGUUUUUCCAUGGAACUAUCCGCUUGCAAUGCUCUACUUUCCUCGGUCCAGCUCCUCCUUCACUACCGCUUUCUCAUGCGCGAACAUGGAGUCUUGGACAACUUGAACGUGUUUUCGGCUCUGAAUCCGAAGCAACGCGGCCGUAUGCUGGACUUGACCAUGCUGAAGGAAUACGCCGACGGCGACUACAUUUGCAAGCAAGGCGAUUGUGACGACCAGUACUUCGUUAUCGUCGAAGGUACAGCCAAAAUAUGCAUAAAAAACAACGGCGUCGAUGUCGAGCUCGUGCGCAAGGUACCGUUCCAAGGGUUUGGCGAGAUGGGUUUGUUUGGGAAGGCGCGGACCGCAGAUGUCAUUGCAGUCAGUGAAGUCACGUGCAUCGUGAUUAACCGGGAAAGCUUUGUGAAAGCGCAAAACUUUGUUUUGGACGGAGACGCCGAGUCGAUUGCGGCAACGAACCUCAGCAACGAGUGGGAGCUCAUGCGCCAAGUUGAAACACUGCAUGAGAAUCCGCACGUUGUUGCAUAUCUCACGCGAUUUAUUCGUCGGUUCAAGCGCAGCCACAACGCCAAGUUUAUGGGGAAAACGCUAUAUACCGACCUAUUUCGACGCGUAUUUCACAACCCCAAGCUCGCGCUCGAAUUUCCAAGCAUCUCGAACAAGAUUGACUGGUUUGAUGCGACGAGUGCGAUGAAACUCAUUCGGUACGAGGCAAAGCGCCUUAUGACGAGUCGAGAUCCGUCCAAGGCGGACACCAUGGCAGUCCUGCACACUGAAGACUUGGCAUUCCUUGGACGGCUCACGGAUACGUCGUCGCUUCUCGAUAAGUUUCGUGUGGCGGACGCACCCAAUACCCCCGAACAAAAGUACGCGAUGGCGACGCAGCUCGCAAAGAUUAUGGAGUUUGUCAGCUUCAAAGCGGGAAAGCACAUAUUCAAGCAAAACGUUGUCGAAGGCAAGGCGUACGUAGUCUUGUCAGGCGUCGUCAACAUUGUGCUUGAAGAUUUUGGCGCGACUACGGGGACUGUUGGUCGCUCAAGUGCCCCACCAAACAUCAUAGCAUCCCUGUCUGCGGGCGACUCGUUCGGGGAAAUGAGCCUCGUGACCAAUAUGGCCCGGUCGGCAUCCGCGAUCGCAGGCACGGACGCCGAGUUGAUACUGAUUGAGCGUCGAAAUUUCGCGAGGUUCUUUGCGUCGCGACCAGGCUUCAAAAUCCGUCACUACAUCAUCGACCGCGCCGACUUUUUGGCGAGAAUUUCGUUUUUUGCCAAGUAUGAUCACAAGAGCUGCAUCCGACUCGCGUACGACAUGAACGAGGUCAAGUUUAAUGGCCGCCACAUCUUUGUCUCCGAAGGCCAGCACGCGUCAGCGUUUGUCAUCAUCAAGGAAGGUCAAGUAGGGGUGUACAAAUCCAUAAGCACCAUAGUCAACCCAACUCAACCAGAGAAGACUGACAGUGGCGCAAAUGUUGGAACCGAGAGCACCAACAACUCAUGCAUGCUCGUCGCGUACCUCGGUCCAGGAGAAUGUAUUGGAUUGUCGACUCUGCAACCAGCCGCCGUGGAAUCUGCGACGUUUGUGGCAAUGACUCCUAUCGUGGCACUCGAGUUGGCCGACUCGAAGGUGAGGCGGCUCGAAACUAGCGUGCAAGACCUCAUCAGGAAAGCUCUGGGAAGUCGCGGACAGUACGAAGCUCGGACAGCCAUGGACAUGGCGUCAAAAGGCACCAUGUUGUUGUGCAAGCCCGCAGCCCCCUGGUGUUCUGUGGGAGAUGACAAAUCGAGGUUACAACACCAUAUCGACGAGCGGGAAGCGCGGAACAACUCGACGAGCUGCACAAGAAUCAUGUCAAUCUUGGACGAAAGCAAAAAUCACUGGCAUGAAGGAGCUGAGAAUGACCGUGGUAACCCUGGCUUCCUGAAUGAAGAAGAGGUCCGAGAUGGUGCUUUGCCAGUGCAUGAGCUACCUCAACCAACCAACAACCGCGUGUUGUUGCUUGGAUCAUUUCUCUCGAAGGCUAUGAAUUCGCUUCACAAGUCCUCUGGUAUUGUGUCUGUUGCUGUAUCACCGGCGCCAACCUCGGAGAAAAAGCUCCACAAAGGCUAUUGCGACACAUUAGCGGAUCACGACAAAAUCCAAGUGAAGCAAGACGCAGACAAGGAGUCGGUCCACAAGCAACACUCUCACUAUCCCCACUCGGCCAUCGACAGGCAGAAUGCGGUUGCCGACGUAACAUCUGAUGGCAAGCAUUGGCCAACUCAACUCAACGGAGCCUGUCAGCACAACCAUGGCGAGGAUUUCGACGACGUACUACAGGAGACGAGCAAUCGUUACGACGUCAGAUACGACAACUGCGCAGAAGACGACGAUGCCGUGAGUCAUAUGUGGCAGCUCGACCGCAUCGUUACAGACAACUUGUAUUUAUAAGGCCGACUACGAUCUUCAUGACAGCCCGGAUGCUUCAAUGGCAAUGCGUUCCAUUUGCCUUUUGAUCUCCAUCGCGACGUCCAAGUCCGCGACAUCGGGAGCUAUGGCCGCGCCAAGACGCCGCAAGCGCGCAACGAGUACGACAAACUUGCGCAUGCGGCCGUCCGUGUGUCCGUUGUUGUCUUCGUCGACGUCGUUGGCGAUCGUGUCGUUGUCGCGAUAGUCGACCACGGGCGUGUCUGCGUUGCUGCGGCUUCCUUCAACACUCGUGCUCCCGCGGGGAUGAUGAUGGUUCGACUUUUUGGACGCCUUGUCACACUUGUGCUGCUUCACGCCGCGGAGCAAGCACGCAUGCGACGCGACGAAGUGAAAAGUCUGAUGAGGCAGUUUCACAUCCCAUGCGACCGCGACAUGGCCCAUAUCCCAUGCCAGCCUGUAUGUCCACGAGUGCGUGACCAAGCUGGUAGAUCCGACAGCCGGUGCCGCCGCCGCCACCGUGUUAUGCACCAUGUGACGGACGAGUUCUCGCACUGGAGCAAACCCAAUGUUGGCAAAACUCGUCGACCCUCCUAAACAACGCCGUCAACCCUCCACGAGAGCAUGCCACCCACACCAUAACGUGAGGCAUGGACGUUGGAACGCACCGUAAGGCGCCUGUGGAGCAUCAUGGGGAGCGUAGUAGCCGUAGUCAGCGUCUGGGAAAUGGGUCGCGAUGCAAUCCCACGCACGAUCGGGGCGGUCGUAGGGGACGUCGAGGCCUUGCAAAUGGAGCGGGACUGCCCACGUAUGGAACAAGAGAUCUUUCGCACGGCCUGUGGCAAACAGGUGCUGCUGCCACGUCGCCGGGUCCACUUCGUGGAAGCAUGGAAUGAGUUCACGAAUGCGCAGCGCCGUGAUCGCGAGGUCUCGUUGGUUCGCGACCGUGCGCGGCUCCUGCGCGAGCUGAAGCAUGUGGCGGCACAAUGUGGCGGUGGUCGGGUAGUCGACUGCGACGAGUUUCUCGAGAGCAAUCAAGCGCCACGACUCAUACAACGUGUACGGCAUAUCGAUGAGCGGAAGAAAGUCCGUCAACCCAGGGACGCGAGCCGCGGCAUUGGUUGCGAGGCGCAUCAACAGAUGCAACUCGACCUUGUCCAUGUCGGACCAGACGAAUCGGACAUGACCAAAAUGACGCUCUUGGUGCACCACAAAGUACUCGUCCGACGUGGGCACGACCGGAUCAAGCCCAUCCGAUGUGGGAAUGGUCGUGGCGGUGGCAAAGAUUGCGCCAAACAGAUUCAUCUGCGCCGCAAUGUCCGAACCACUCGUCGGGUUCAUGCACACGUAGUCGAGCCAGAUCCCACGUGCCCGAUUGUUGUCCUGGUCGGUCGGCAUCAACGUCGCGAUGUACGUGGAAAGCUGGCGGGCCUCCGCUUGUGUGAGCGGGACAGCGUACGGCGGCUCGUUGUCGCAUCGCACCGUGAACGACUCGCAUCCCAGCGCAAGGGAUCUCUCCUGCCAUCGAUGGGACAGCGCAAAGUGGUGUGUUGAGCACAAAUCCUCGACUGCCACACGAGUACAAUGGAUGGUGCGAUCAUCAACUCGAACGACAAGCCGAACUUUGGCCUUUGGCAAAGUGUGUGGUGCGUCGACCGACGAUGCCGUUGGCGACAAGAGCGGGGACACAUUGGUCGAAGGCGGUGGAAACGACGCGUGGACCUGGUCAACGUGAAGAGGGAAUGCAGCGUCGUCGUGGAUGGCUUGAGGGUGACCCUUCGGUCGCUUUGUGAACCAUCCCUUGACGUGCGCGGCGACGUUGUGCAGCAUUCGAAACGGAUUGUGCCAAGUACUGCGUUUUUGCG